UUUUUAAAUCGUAGUAUUUCCGGGAGGAGUGUCAUGGCGGACAUCAGCGAAUAAAUUAUGAGUCAGUAAUAAUAAAUCACUAUUGAACCGAAAAAUGGACUCAAUAAAAACUCCGAAGGUAGAGAAUGUCAAGCUGCUGGAACGUUUCUCUUCCCGGAACGCGGCAGUGGGAACCCUGUACCUUACAGCAACCCAUCUCAUAUUUAUGGACUCCUCGGGCAAGAAGGAAAUAUGGAUCCUGCACAUGCACCUGGCCCAGGUGGACAAGUUGCCCCUGACUACGGGCGGCUGUCCUCUGCAGUUGCACUGUCGUAACUUCAUGUGUAUCACAUUCAUCCUGCCCCGAGAGAGAGAAUGCCAUGACGUUUACACAUCACUCAUGGAGCUUUCAAAACCAGCCAACAUAGAGUCUCUGUAUGCAUUUUCCUACACCGAUCAGAUGGAUGACUACUCUAAAGAUUAUGGGUGGGACUUGUUUGACACCAAAACAGAGUUCAUGCGACAGGGUGUACCCAACGACCAAUGGGUGUUGUCGGAACUCAAUAACCAGUAUGAGAUCUGUGACACGUAUCCUAAGCACCUGUAUGUGCCGUCCUGUGCGUCCACUCCGGUCAUCAUGGGCAGUUCCAAGUUCCGGUCUAGAGGCAGACUACCAGUGCUUUCAUAUUACUACAUACAUAAUGGGGCGACGAUAUGUCGGUGCAGUCAGCCGCUGGCAGGAUUCAGUGCACGUUGUGUGGAGGACGAGCAGCUACUGCACGCCAUCCUGAAGGCAAACCCACCCAGCAGCUACAUGUAUGUCGUUGACACACGGCCCAAGAUUAAUGCGAUGGCCAACCGUGCACAAGGCAAGGGAUAUGAGAAUGAGGCCAACUACAGUGACAUCAAGUUCCACUUCAUCGGCAUAGAGAACAUCCACGUCAUGAGGGGCAGUCUGCAGAAACUAGUGGACGUAUGUGAACUCAAGAACCCGUCCAUGAGUUCAUUCCUGUCUGGUUUGGAGGCCAGUGGUUGGCUGAAACACAUACAGGCCGUGCUGGAAACAUCUGUGUUCAUUGCCAAGGCUGUGUUGGAGGGUAUCAGUGUGCUGGUGCACUGUUCUGACGGCUGGGACCGCACCGCCCAGACCUGCUCCCUCGCCUCACUCAUGCUGGACCCUUACUACAGAACCAUACAGGGAUUUAUGGCAUUAAUAGAGAAGGAAUGGCUCUCGUUUGGCCACAAAUUCACAGACCGGUGCGGAUUUCUGGGCUCUGUUGACGUCAAGGAAACGUCACCUGUGUUCACCCAGUUUCUCGAGGCCGUGUGGCAGAUGACUCAGCAGUUUCCGUGUGCGUUCCAGUACAAUGAGCGCUUCCUGCUCACACUCCACGACCACCUGUACUCCUGCCAGUUUGGGACGUUUAUUGGAAACUGCCAGAAGGACCGCCUGGACUUGAAGUUAUCAGAGCGCACAUACUCGCUGUGGGGCUACCUUAACAAGCGCUCCAGUGAGUUCCUGAAUCCACUUUUCAAGAAGGAGUAUGAGGUCACCAUGCCUGUCCUCAUUCCUAAAGUGUACCCUCAGUGUAUCAAGUUCUGGCGUGGCAUGUACAACAGGUUUGAGACAGGGGUGCAUCCUAGAGACGAGGUGAAGGACAUACUGAGUGCUGCACGGGAUCACAGUGCCUCCCUCGAGGACCAUGUCCGCCUGCUGGAAAAGAGAAUCACUCAAAUCUGUCAUGUUCUGGGAAAAUCGGACGAGAUAAUUCAGCGAACUUUGCAAGGCAGUUCAUCGAUGGAGUCAUUAGACACAAUACCAUCGGAAAAUGACCAGCAUCCAAACCACAAAGCAAACAGACUGUUAGAAGGCUGUGUAAACAGUGAUACCCCCUUACCUAGUGACAAGAGGGACUUGUCAGAUAAGAGCAAAUUUAUCGACACUGGACUAAGUCAAACAAAAAGUGACUCCGAAUCUGGUUUUGACGAAUCGUGCUCCAACAUGUCAAGAUCAGGUAUUGACGACUGUAACUCCACAAUUGAGAACGGCAAUAUAUCUCGCUCCUCAAGCUUGGAAAAACUUAACCUUGACCAGUUAAAACUGGAAUUAGAUUCUGUUGCACUGGAGUGGAAAUCGUUUCGCAACAUAUUCACCUGUAGUUGUGCUUUCCCAUUUGACCACUUUACGAAAAAGUUCCACUGCUGGAGAUGCGGUGAGGUGUUUUGUACCCGGUGUAUCGCGCGCUACAUUCCCCUGCCCGGCCACGACUCACACCGACCGGUCCCCGUGUGCAAGCCGUGCUACAGACAUGUGAGACACUCACCAUCGAUGGAGUUCAAGCCCUUGGUCGGCCUGCAAGCUGAUGGCAAAUCUUCCUUGUGAAUCAAACCAUAGUUCAAUAUUAUAUGAGUUUAUUCUUAAACAGUGAUAGAUAGUUCAAUAUUGUAUAAGUUAAAAACCAUGAUAGAUAGUUCAAUAUUUUAAGAAAUUACGCUGUUGGGUUAACAUGUUCUUUUUUCAACUUCUGAAACUUGUUUGGUAUGCACUUAAAAUCCUAAAAUUGUAAAGUUUAAUUUUAUUUUAUGGGGUCAUUAUUUUUUCCAAUUACAUUUAAAGAAGGAGAUGACUUAUUUUACCUGUAUAAAUUCAAAAUUAAUAAUCUUUUUUCACGUAUUAUACUCUUCAAAUAUAGUUUUAGAGGGUUGUUUUGUUGGUCAGUCUGCGUAAAAUGUCAGUCAGCUUGUGGACCUAUAGCUCCCACAUGUCUAAGGCAUGAAGUGUAGAUGUACAAGACACUUGUGGACCUAUAGCUCCCACAUGUCUAAGGCAUGAAGUGUAGAUGUACAAGACACUUGUGGACCUAUAGCUCCCACAUGUCUAAGGCAUGAAGUGUAGAUGUACAAGACACUUGUGGACCUAUAGCUCCCACAUGUCUAAGGCAUGAAGUGUAGAUGUACAAGACACUUGUGGACCUAUAGCUCCCACAUGUCUAAGGCAUGAAGUGUAGAUGUACAAGACACUUGUGGACCUAUAGCUCCCACAUGUCUAAGGCAUGAAGUGUAGAUGUACAAGACACUUGUGGACCUAUAGCUCCCACAUGUCUAAAGCAUCAAGUGUAGAUGUACAAGACACUUGUGGACCUAUAGCUCCCACAUGUCUAAAGCAUCAAGUGUAGAUGUACAAGACACUGUUCAUUCUAAUGAUACACACAUUCCUGAGUUAUUUACCCUUGACAAUAGUUGACAAAGCUAUAAAGGGUGAUAAGUCUUGUGAAAAAAAGCUCUUGUCAAUCAUACAACAGUUCAAUAAUAAGAAACUCCUUUGCCUGAUUGUUAAUGAGCAUCGCACACUUGUGUAGUAUUUUAAAGCAAGAUAUUUUGACCAGGAGUAGUAUUCAAUCUUGUUAUAUUUAUUGAUCACAUGUCGGACAAAAUACGAUUAGAAAUAUAUAAGUUAACAGUUGUAAGUAUUGCCUGAAGUUUGCUUGAUUAUGAAGUGAUAGAACCUUGAUAAUUGUGAUAGAUUGCACAGAUAUAAAUAGUGUGUAAAUGCUUUGUGUUCAGAAAAGAAACUUUAUGGAUUCCUAGUCUGUGAUGUUCAUGUCUGAUAUUGAGACAAGAAAUAAACCACUAUGUUUGUUCAUGUUCCUGUUCAUAAGCAUUAUUAAAAAUAGUUCUUACAUGUAUAUUCAUGUGUGUAGAUACUGUAACUUGUAGAAAGGAAUCAAAUUAAAUUGUGAAUAAUUUGUCUAAAACAUAAACUCCACAUUAGCUUUACAUGUCCUUGCAAAUUAUGCUCUUGAUAGCCCAAGCAAACGAAUACAAACUUUGUAUUUGCAUGUCUGUCCCAAAAAUUAAAGCUGAGUGACAAAUUGUUUUUUAUGUGACAAGUUUUACAAUGUGAGGCAUUAAUAUCCCGUAAAUGAUCUGGGCCUGCAUUCACCAACAGAUUUGUAGAAAUAAGUCUAAAAAUAAAGAAUAUUCUUAAAACAGUAAUGUCCUUUAAUAACUUGAAAGUAAAGUCUAGCUUCACAGAUAACACAUAUAAUUGCAUCAUUGAUUAAUAAGAUUAUUUUGUUUAUGACAGAACAGCCACAUCCUACCUGUAUGUAUUAAAACUCUGAAUUAUUGUCCCCUACCGGUUUCACCGGAGGGGACUUAUGGUUUGCGCUAUGUGCGUCUGUCUGUGAGUCUGUCACACUUUUCUGGAGCCUGCGAUAACUUUAAAAGUUCUUCAUAUUUUUUCAUGAAACUUGAAACAUGGUCAGAUGGCAAUAUGGAGAUUGAAACAUGGUCAGAUGGCAAUAUGGAGAUUGAAACAUGGUCAGAUGGCAAUAUGGAGAUUAAUCAGAUUAUGCACAUCUUUUCAUUUUGUUUUUCAUCAAUAAUUCUAGUUGCUAUGGCAACAAAUAAAAAAAAAUCUGACAAUGGUGGAGCCGGUAGGGGACAUGUAUUGCUUAGCAAUAGUCAUGUUAUUCUGUGUGUCUAAUUCUAUUAUUUAUUCUUAAGAAUAAGAAUCGGUUGGUGAAUACAUGCCCUUAGCAACCAAAUUCUGCAAAUCCAAACUAUUUGUUGUUUUCCUAAAAUGCAUGUACUUAAGGUGUUAUUAUAGUGUAAAAAAACAACAAACAUUUUGUGCUGUUUUUCAGCCGUGCUUUGCACAGGGUAAACAUUUGGUUAUACUUGGAAGAUAGAAUCUAUUCGAGAUACGAGUAAAAAUGCAACAUGCUGACUAAAUUCUAUUAUAUGUUUUUACCAGAAGUGUUACAACUUUUUUUUUCAAAUUGAGUAACUUUGGUUGUGAUAAUAGUUGUUGUUUUUAUUGUCAGUUAUAUUAACUUGUUUGUACAUGUGACAGUUUAAAUGAGCCUGAUUAUAACUUGAACAACUAUGAUCAUGUAUUGUUUUACUCCAAAAUAGUUAACAUAAUAUACAAUGAAUCUGUGUGUUAAGCAUUAAACAAUACUUUGCAGAUUAAAUGAUUAGCACUUAUGUUGCUAAGGCUGUUGUAUGUAUUAAUUACUAUAUAGAUGCAACCUAAAGUCAUCUCAUAAAUAAAAUAAAAGAAAUACGCAAUUAUGCAGUUUCAUAAAAGGCACAUUUGUUUUCAGGCCUGUUUUACCUUCAUUACCACAUAGUGAUUUGAUGUGUUUAAUUGGUGCUUGGAAUAUUAGCUAAUCAAAUAGGGUCCAUUUAUGUUUCUUGUCAUGACAUUAUAAAUAAAACAAUUGGGCAUUGUGCAAUAUGCAUGUUAAAGUAAUUCUUAUUUAAGGUAUGGCAUUUAAACAAACUUUACAUACUUGGCUACAUUUUAGAAUCUGUCAAAUAAUUGAGCCUCACUCAGUUUGAAAACUGGGCGUAAAAUGUGUGCAUUAAGUGCCGUCCCAGAUGAGCUUGUGCAGUUUGCACAGGCUAAUCGGAGACAACCCUUUCUGUAUUGUCUGGAUUUUGGUUUAGUAGAGACUUCCUUUUAACAAAAAAUCCCUUAAAAGCUGAUGCACAUGCAUUAAACCUGGUUUUCCCGGAAAGAGGCUCAUAAUGAGGCAGUGAUUUUUGUUUGACUUUUGAGCUAGAUCAAGAGUCUUGUGUAUUCCAAAAUGGUUGUCCACAUUUUCUGAAACUGGACUUAUUUUAAGUUUUUUUUUGUCUCCUAUCUGAUCUCAUAUUUUAUAUCCAGCUCUGCAGUAUAAUGGUCAACCUAUCAGUUAUUACGGAAUGUCUGUCUUAAAUGACAAAAAUUGCCAUAAAUUUCAUAUAAAUAUCACAUGCUGCUGAGAGUGAAACAACCGAUUGUCUACCUUAUAAUGGUCAUUUGAAACCUGGCAUAAGAUGGGUACAAAAGCCACAGCAAAAAAUGUUAGCCUGUGAUAUUACUUAAGUUCUGUGGUCACAUGAGGUAUAAUAAAAAUGGUGUUCUAUUAAUCAUAUCUUCUGUGACUUUCAUGUAUUAUUCCAUAUUCAAUGAGUGUUUCAUGUUAUCAUUCCAAAAAAAACACCAACGAGCACACAGCUAAUAAAUUUUGCGCAUUGCUAGUUCCCUCAGUAGAGCCUUGGCAAGGUAAAAGAAUUAAAAUCCCUCUUGGGCCAGAGAACUGUUAGUCUUUGAAUUAUUUCUACAGCCAUUCUCCCCUACUUUUGAGUCAGGAAGGGAAGUUGUCAGUUAUUGCCAUAAAUAGAUGCUCUAAGAAUGGGCAAACUGCUUAGAAUCACUUUUAAGAAGUUAUUUUCCACAAUCAGUCAAAAGAUUAUGAUCCUUUCUCAUUAUUUGCUCAUACUAUUAAGCAAAUAUCUGUGAAACCAUUACCUUUGUUGUUUUUUAUGAAUUUCUUGUUCUCUCUUGAUGUACCAUUUCUAAAUGUGUUGUAGCUAGCUCAAUGUGAUACAUGUUCAUAUUGUUGACAUCUAUCUUCUGUUGCAUAUAGUUCUGAAUUUAUUUAUUAGCCUCGUUCUAGGAAAACAAGUCUUUAAAUUUCUUAGAGAUAAUCCAAUUUGGUGAGAAAAUGUCGUCCCUGUUUAGCCUGAAGCAGACUUCACAUGCUAAUCUGGGAGGACACUUUACACAUGCUUUAAGCUCUGUUUUCCCAGAUCGAGGCUCAUUUAUUUUCACUGUAUUGCUGUUACUGCAUGACAUACAAGUCAAAAUAAAAUACUGAGAAUCACAA